UUGUAAGAAACAUCAAAUGAGGAAGCACCUGGCUGUAACUGAGCGAAACACAAGCGCGGGGCGCCGCAACGUGGGACACGGGUCGUACACAUGGGAUCGUGCAUCACCACAAGGCGACCAGCAGGUCAAUUCACCGACACCGAAACCAACCGAAGCCAGACGUCGGUUGUUUGUGGGAAUAUGUUUACCUGCACGUGACUAGAAUUGAAUUCUUCACACUGGGCGUCGGACAAAGCCAGCCUCUGUCGUAGGAUUACGUUGCCACCCCAGGUACCCGAGGGACCCCAGGGACCCCAGGGUCCCGGAUAAUAUGGCAUCGGCGUUUUGUUGCACUAAUCAAUUCAACGCCCGCUAAUAUGUACAUGAGUUGGAUGUAUUGGACCCAGGGUGCACUGUAUGGAAGGCGUGCACGAAUGAUGCAUGCCAUGGGGCAGCGGAGGGCCCAUAUCAGUAUAGGACAACAGGUAAAAUCAACUAGAUUCAGGCAUUGCACCUGACUUGUGGCACGCCCGACAUGGGGGUCGAACCCAUGACCACAAGGUUUCUCAGCCCGUAAAAGCCUUGCGCUCUACCACUGAGCUAGCCGGGCCCUAGAUGAAUGACAUCACUCGGCAUUUCAACUAACCAAACGAUCACAUGACGACGACAAAUAUACGACGACAAAUACGACGACAAUAUGACGAGCAUACGGGCUAAGUACAAUGUUGACCUCGCCUUUAAGGGGUGCAGUAUACGCACCAUUAUGACUGAGGCGCCACCCCUGGCAUUGGCCAGGUACCUCUCGGAAAUCUGGGAGGCCAGGCACGUCGCGCUGAGGCGCUUCGCCCUGAAGCGAACGAGGGAGGAGGAGGACGGCCUCCCGCGUACCCGCAUCAAUACCAAUAUAACGUCCAUGCCCCCCCCCCGGCUUUUACGGACACACCCGCACCUGUGUGUGGAACUUAUGAUCCUGAAGACGUGUGUCCCUGUGCCAAAAUGUAGCCUCAAGAUCCUGGGGGGCGGUUGGGCAUCUAGGAUGCUAACCUGGCUUACAUGCCAGGCUAAGUGGCGGUUUGGGGGGUGGCAGGCACCAAUCUGGGCCUUGAUUUCAAUUUCGGCGAGAAAGCCUCUGCCUGGGAGCAAAAUGGUCAGCAUCGCAGGAUACUGGAGCAAGGACACAAAAAAGGACACAACGAACAUACCAAGAACAUACAACAAGGAUAUUAUUGCAAUUCUCCAGGAAUUUCUCCUGGCUUGUGGAAAGGAGCAAGACUUCAUAUUCUUAGCUCUAUUGGUGUUUCUGGCUUCAGGGAUACUUGAUGCUUUAAAUCCCGAACUCAUCAUCAAAGGUAGCGUCGUUCAAUCACUGACCUUCAUUGGAAGCCUGACGAGCAUGCGCUUGCUUCAUCACAGGCUCCUCAUUAGCGUUACGGAAAAGUCCAAGGUCACGGGUUCUGUUUGCACGCAGGCCGCAAUCUUGAAACAAAGAGGAUACGAUACUACGCUUUCCGAUCGGUUUAGUUAG